UAAAAGUUGGAAAUAACAAUUUGGCCUACUCGUAGUGGGGCUACUUUGCUUGAGCCAAUCGAUAUUUCAGUGCCAUCGAUAGUACCUAUCGAGCCAAUCGAAUGUUUUUGUUAUUUUUUUCAACAAAAUGAAUAUUUUACCCAAGAAACGCUGGCAUGUGCGCACCAAGGAAAAUAUUGCCCGUGUCCGCCGGGAUCAAGCAGCUGCCGCAGCGGAGGAGAAAGUCCGUCAGGACAAAUUGGAAUUUGCCGAGAGCGAGGCACGCAUUAAUUUCCUGCGCCGCCAGUCGGGCCUGCCGGAGAAGGUGACCUCUGCCAAGGAAACCCAAGAGGUGCCGGAAUCCAGCUCUGAACCCACCAAAGGAGUAGAUCUCUUUGCAGACUACAAGAGCCAUGUGAAGACCACCAACAAAGACCUGGAAAAGGAGCAGAAGGAGGAGCAGGAGAAGUACGAGAAGCAGAUUGGAUACCUCACCUACUUGGGCCAAGACACCAAUGAAGCGCUCAAAGUGCGCAGCUGGUACGAGGUGGCACCCAAACGCCCAGAAGUGGGUGAUCCCGCUGCUACGGAGGCGCAUCUCAAGCAAAAGCUUGCCCACGAUCCUCUGACCCUCAUCAAUGCCCUGCUGCCGCCGGAGAAGAAGGAUCCCAAGCGGGCCACUAAGAGAAAACGUGAAAGGACACCCACUCCUACGCCAGAACCUUCACCACCCCAGAAGUCCAAAAAACACAAGAAGGACAAGAAGCAUGGCAAGCAUAAGAAGCACAAGGGUGGAAAGAGCAAAAAGGAAGCCAAGGAAACCCUUCUGACCGCCGAACGCCAAAAGCGCGAGAAGCUGGAGAGACUGAGAAAGGAGCGCUUGCGACGCGAGACGGCGGAACGACAGCGUUCCGAGUUGCUUUUCGCGCCCAAAGAGCCGGCGGUGGCCGCCAGUGCAGCAUCCACGCCAGCUCCCACGCCCAGGAUAGUCCAGAAGUACAACAGCCAGUUUAAUCCGGAGUUAGCCAAGCAAAACAUGGUUUAGUUCUAAGAAUUUAUCUGUUUAUAGCAAUACUAAUGCAAAAGGCUCGAACUCAAACUCAAAAUUCAAUAUGACUGUAAAUAAAAUAAUUAACUUUAAA